CUGCACCAGGCGCUGACGGCGCUGCUGAGCGAGGCGGAGCGGGAGCAGUUCACGCACUGCCUGAACGCCUACCACGCGCGCCGCAACGUCUUCGACCUGGUGCGCACCCUGCGCGUGCUGCUGGACAGCCCGGUCAAGCGGCGCCUGCUGCCCAUGCUGCGCCUGGUCAUCCCGCGCUCCGACCAGCUGCUCUUCGACCAGUACACGGCCGAGGGCCUCUACCUGCCCGCCACCACCCCCUACCGGCAGCCCGCCUGGGGCGGCCCCGACGGCGCGGGGCCCGGGGAGGUGCGCCUGGUGAGCCUGCGGCGCGCCAAGGCCCACGAGGGCUUGGGCUUCAGCAUCCGCGGGGGCUCGGAGCAUGGCGUGGGCAUCUAUGUGUCGCUGGUGGAGCCAGGCUCUCUGGCCGAGAAGGAAGGGCUGCGAGUCGGGGACCAGAUUCUGCGUGUCAACGACAAAUCCCUGGCCCGGGUGACCCACGCUGAGGCUGUCAAGGCUCUGAAGGGCUCGAAGAAGCUGGUGCUGUCUGUGUGCUCAGCAGGGCGCAUCCCUGGGGGCUACGUCACCAACCACAUCUACACCUGGGUGGACCCACAGGGCCGCAGCAUCUCCCCGCCCUCAGGCCUGCCCCAGACCCACGGCAACACCCUGAGGCAGCGCGAGGGGGACCCGAGGAGCACCCUGCAUCUCCUGCAAGGCGGGGAUGAGAAAAAGGUCCCCCAUUCUAGCCUCUGGAGUGGGAAAGGGAGAAGAGACAGCUCAGGGCCCCCCUUCAAAUUCAGCAUGAUUCAGCUUCUCAAUGGUCAGAACCCAGGCGCACGGCCACACGCAGCUGCCCGGACUCCAGGCUCCACGGGGAACCCCCUGCAGCUGGGCGUCUCGGGUUGUCAAGAGCAGGAACUGGUGCUGGUCACCUUGUACCAAGUUGGGGACCAGAUUCUGGAGGUGAAUGGGCGGAGCUUUCUCAACAUCCUGCACGACGAGGCAGUCAAGCUGCUCAAGUCUUCGCAGCACCUCAUCCUGACGGUGAAGGACGUCGGGAGGCUGCCCCACGCCCGCACCACUGUGGACGAGACCAAGUGGAUUGCCAGUUCCCGGAUUGGGGACACCAGCACGAACUCGGCAGGGUUUCCUGGGGAUCUUCCCACGGAAGGGACAAACAAGCUGGGGUUCUAUAAGGGGCCCGCGGGCUCCCAGGUGACGCUGAGCAGCCUGGGGAACCAGACACGCCUGCUGCUGGAAGAGAAGGCGUGCCACCUGCUGACGGAGCAGGAGUGCGCCACCAUGGCCUACUACCUGGAGGAAUACCGCGGCAGCAGCAUCUCUGUGGAGGCCCUGGCCAUGGCCCUGUUUGAGCUGCUCAACACCCGCGGCAAGUUCUCGCUCCUGUCUGAGGUGAGAGGCACCAUCUUCCCCCAAGACCUGGACCGCUUCGACCACCUGGUGCUGAGGCGGGAGAUCGAGUCCAUGAAGGCACGGCAGCCCCCGGGCCCCAGGGCCGGGGACACCUACUCCAUGGUCUCCUACAGCGACAUGGGCUCAUCGACAGGCAGCCAUGGCACCUCCACCACCGUGAGCUCGGCCAGGGUGAGCUGCCCCUGCCCCAUCCCUGGCUUGAUGGCCAGGGGGUGGGGUGUCAAGAUCGUGGCUUUGCAGUGAGACGGAUCUAGGUGUGAACCUCAGCCCCACCCCUUACCAGCUCUGUCCCUCGCCUUUCUGAGCUUCCAGUUCUUCCCUUGGAAAAACCUCAUCGGCGUUGCAGGCCUGAUGCGUGCCCAGCAAGGCACUAGGAGACAGCUAGUGACCAAGACAGA